AUGGCGUCCUCCACCCAGGGCCAGGUCAUCACCUGCAAAGCGGCGGUGGCGUACGAGGCCAACAAGCCGCUGGUGGUGGAGGACGUGCAGGUGGCGCCGCCGCAGGCCGGCGAGGUCCGCAUCAAGAUCCUCUCCACCGCGCUCUGCCACACCGACUACUACACCUGGAGCGGCAAGGAUCCUGAGGGUCUCUUUCCUUGCAUUCUCGGUCAUGAGGCUGCUGGAAUCGUUGAGAGCGUUGGCGAAGGGGUGACCGACGUGCAGCCUGGGGACCAUGUCAUCCCUUGCUACCAAGCGGAAUGCAAGAACUGCAAGAUGUGCAACAGCGGGAAGACCAACCUCUGCGGCAAAGUUCGUGGCGCCACAGGGGUAGGGGUCAUGAUGAGCGACCGCAAGAGCCGCUUCUCGGUGAAUGGGAAACCCAUCUACCAUUUCAUGGGGACGUCGACGUUCAGUCAGUACACUGUUGUGCAUGACGUCAGUGUUGCCAAGAUCAACCCACAGGCGCCCCUGGAUAAGGUCUGCCUGCUCGGCUGUGGUGUUUCCACUGGUCUUGGAGCAGUAUGGAAUACUGCAAAGGUUGAAGCAGGUUCAGUUGUUGCUGUUUUUGGGCUUGGCACAGUUGGACUUGCAGUUGCUGAGGGGGCAAAAUCAGCUGGUGCUUCUCGGAUUAUUGGCAUUGACAUUGAUGCCAAGAAGUUUGAUGUUGCUAAGAACUUUGGAGUCACAGAGUUUGUGAACCCAAAAGACCAUGACAAACCAAUCCAGCAGGUCCUAGUUGACCUUACAGAUGGUGGUGUGGAUUACAGUUUUGAGUGCAUCGGAAAUGUUUCUAUCAUGAGGGCUGCACUCGAAUGCUGCCACAAGGGCUGGGGUACCUCCGUUGUCGUUGGUGUAGCUGCGUCUGGCCAGGAGAUUGCCACACGGCCAUUCCAGCUUGUCACUGGCCGUGUUUGGAAGGGAACAGCUUUUGGUGGCUUCAAGAGUCGGAGCCAGGUUCCAUGGCUCGUCGAGAAGUACAUGAACAAGGAAAUCAAGGUGGACGAGUACAUCACCCACAACAUGAACCUUACCGAUAUCAACAAGGCGUUCGACCUGCUGCAUGAAGGCGGCUGCCUGCGGUGUGUGCUGGCGAUGGAGCACUGA